UUGAAAUACGUUCACAGCUAAAAUGCCAAUUAUAGUAAAAGAGUUUACUUGGAAGCAGACUCCGACAGCCUUGAAUAUAACGAUACCUCUUAGUCAAGGGAACAAAGAAAGGGUAGACUUAUUUGCGGCUGAUUCGUACAUCAAGGCGCACUACAGCCCUUUCCUAUUCGAGGUUUUUCUUCUCCAUGACGUGAACAUAGAUAAAAGCAAAUGUCUCGUUAAAGAAGACUUUAUAAUUCUCGACCUGGUGAAGAGAGAGGAGCAAGAAUGGGAGCAGUUAGAGAAGGAAUUAACGAAGGCAGAGAAGAUAAAAUUAAGGCAGGAGAGUUUGGAGAAAUGCCAGGAGAAAGCUAAAGAGGGAUUUGAGCAGAAGAGGAUUAAGAAGAGUGAAAUGGACCGGUUCACAGUGCAGAAGGCUAUGGAGAUUGAUUCUAGGCAUCAUGAGAUAAUGGAUAAGAGGAGAGACGAGCAAAGGAAGAUAGCCAUGGAUGCUUUAGAGAUGUGGAGGGUAAACACUGACGAGGAAGGGGGUAAGGGGGUGAAGAUAGUAGAGUUGCCGGACGAUAAGGAGAACGGGGUUGUAAUAGAAGAGGUGACGAAUGAAAAGCCGACGCCGAAGAUAGAGAAGAAAGUAGAGCCAGAGGAAGUGAAGGUGAAGAAAGUACCGCAACCUGCGACACCGCAUCCUAAGAAACUAGUGAAGACCCAAAUAAAGUCAGAAUACGUGGAUAAGAAACGCGCCGAAGCGGCGAAGCGCGUGCUGCCCGCGCUACGCAGCCAGGGCAGUCUGGAGAUUCACCACACCCCCAGGGUGUUCCCCACGCCGAGCCGCGAGUCAGCCAGGGCCGAGGAGGAAGCCUGGCUGAAGAAUGUCACCCUGGCACGUCGCGCUACAGGGUUCGUGUCCGAGGACCUGCGGCCAGAAGAGCAAGACCCGGAAUGGUGCAAGAACAAAGGCGACCAGUUCUUCCGCGCCGCCAACUACCUGGGCGCCAUCAGCGCCUACACGCAUGGCAUCUUGCUGUCGGACCGUCUGCCAAGUUUGUUCUCUAACCGCGCAGCGGCCCACUUCGCGCUCGGCAACUUCAACAAAUGCGUGAACGACUGCUCCACAGCCCUCGAGCUGCUGGUGCCGCCGUGCGCGUCCAACCUGCGCGCGCGCGCCGCGUGCCUCGCGCGCCGCGCCGCCGGCCUCGCGCGCCUCGGCUACCUGCACAAGGCCAUCGCCGAGAUGAAGGCGGCCUCCCACCUCGUGCCCGACGACCACACGAUCAAGAAGGAUAUUCAUGAUAUGGAGCGCGCGUGGGAGCAGAAUCCUGAUGACUAUUGAAGCGUUU